CACCCUAGGGACGCGACGGUUUUGUUUUCGAAGGCUGUUGAGGUUGAGGUGACAAGCUUGGCGCCAUUUUGGUUGCUUACUGCAUCUCCUCUUUCACUUAUAAGGUAGUUUUCGUACGGGUCAGCCCACAUUUUCACGCUCUAAAAUGGCAGAUAAUCAGGAACAGAAACCCGACGCCGGUCCUGGAGACUCCAGUUCCGAUUACAUCAAGUUGAAAGUUGUAGGCAAUGACUCAAACGAGAUUCACUUCAGAGUCAAGAUGACCACACAGAUGGGAAAACUGAAGAAAUCCUACAGUGAGCGAGUGGGAGUUCCUGUCACAUCCCUAAGAUUCCUUUUUGAUGGAAGGCGAAUAAACGAUGAUGAAACUCCCAAGCAGCUGGAAAUGGAGAACGAUGAUGUAAUUGAAGUGUACCAAGAACAAACUGGAGGCAAGCUUUAACAUUGAUUUGCUAAGAAUACAUCAACCAAAUCAUUAUCUGAUAAUCUGAUAUUGUAAAGAAUGUGCAACGCUUCACUUCCUUUAUCACUGCACUUGAAAUAAAUGUUAUUGAAAUUGUACAAAA